UGCAUGUUUGUCUGAUUAAUUGUGCUCAAACGGAUUUUAUAUCUGUGUGUUCAUUCGACCAGUAGACACCGACACAACAACGUGUGGAGUGUCUUGGCGAAAAUAAUAUUUGCAAAAUCAAGAAAGUGGUUAUUAAGAAUAUUUAGUGACUCAUCGAUGUAUCAUUGGACAUACAUAAAUUUGCAAAUAUGAAGAUAUUAAUAAGCAUAUUUUUUUGUUACUUCUCUUUGGGAGUACACUCACAAUUGAAUGUAAUACCAUUGAACAAUGACGCUGACCCCAACAGCAUUUUCUUCGCCGAUAACAUGAGGCCUUUUGUUAGGAGUUCUGGAUUUAAUCAAAAUAUGCAAACCAAUACUAGAGGACCCUUUGAAUCGCAGUUCGAUAUACAAGCAUCCCUACAAACUACGAAAUCCCAAAGAGAACAACAGCCACAGAUAAAUGGUGGAGUACACAGUCCGACUAGAUCACCAACGCAGGACACUUCUUUCAAAUCCUUAUCACCAAUGAUACCUACAACAAGCUCUUUUCAUUCGGGGCCUGCAUCUACAAGCUUUGGUGUUAACGUAUUUAAGCAAAUGGCCACCGAGCAAUCUGGGAAUCUCGCUGCGUCGCCUUUCUCCAUCACGAUUUUAUUGGCAAUGCUGCAGCAAGGUGCGGCUGGUAACACCUUAGACGAGAUAACAAGAGCAUUGCAGAUGACUCCAGAGAAAUCAGCAGAGAUUUUUAAGAAAGUCAAUGAAGAAAUACAGAAACGUAAUUCAAGAAACAUUUUAAAAACGGCCAACAACGUGUUCUUAAGCGAAAAUUUCAACUUAAACCCGCAGUUCAAAAGGAUAGCCGUUAACAACUUUGAUAGUGAUUUGACACCGACUUAUUUUGGAAAACCAGCUUUGGCCGCCCAAAAUAUCAACAGCUGGAUUGCUUCCAAGACUAAUGAUAAAAUCGACAAACUUGUUAGCCCAGAUGAUCUCAGUGGAAAUACGCAGAUGGUGAUGGUGAAUGCUGUAUACUUCAAGGGGUUGUGGGAGAUUCCAUUUAGGGAACAAGCCACACAAAAACGCAAUUUCACCUUAAACGGGGGUGAAAAGAAGGUGGCAUCGUUUAUGCAAACACGUCGUUAUUUCAAAGCUGGAACUCACAAGCCUGCCAUGGCAAAAGUGGUUGUUUUACCCUUCGAGUACAACGAAUACUCUCUUAUCGUCGUCUUACCGCUUAAAUCAUCUAAUGUUGACGCACUUCUUUCAUCACUUUCCAUGGAAGAUGUGGCCAGUUUCCUGGAUUUACCACCCAAAGACGUGGCACUGGAAUUACCUAAGUUUUCUAUCAAAGCCGAUAUUAAUUUGGAACCAGUUUUGAAUAAGAUGGGUGUAUCCAGCAUUUUUACCCAACAAGCGGAACUUUAUAAUCUUGGAUCACAUGGCUCGCUGUCUCCUCAAGUUUCAUCAGCUUUGCACUCAGCUGUUCUAACAAUCGAUGAGAGGGGAUCGGCGGCUGCCGCUAUCUUUGCGGCUGUAGCAUUAUCUUACGAUGAGCCUUCAUUAUAUUUCAGAGCCAACAAGCCUUUCCUGGCUAUAUUAUGGGAUAAUAGAUCGUCUAUUCCUCUAUUUAUGGCAAGAAUAAUGGAUCCUACAGUGUAGGUCUUUGGUAAUUCAUUGUCAAUAAAAUUAAUAUAGUAAAAGGCUGGAAAACGAUAUGGGUUUAUAAUACAAUUAUUCCACGUUUUAAAGAGUCAAUAUACAGCGGUAGGUACUAUGUGCAAGUCUAUUUGGACAAGUACCACUGCAUUGUCUAUGUUUGCUGCUAUCCUGUAAUAUGUGAAUAUUGUUGCGUUCCGGUUUGAAGAAUGUUAUAAUCAAUACAAUCGUUACCGCUAUUAGAACAGGCAAAAUGUAUAAAUAUGACAUAACGUAAAAAUAAAUCAAUAGUUGGGUUAUGUCAUAUUAAUAAAUCAAUCUGACCUUUAAGUAAAAUCUCAAGUAUACAUUUAAUGUAUUGAACUAUUUAAUGAACCAAGCUUAAGAUGUCAUUUAAGAGCUUGUUCUCAUCUGAGAUGACGCUACUGCAAAAGUCCGCUGUCAAAA